AUGCUCAGUUUGUUUUUUAAGGCAAAGAAAAACGAAGAAGAAAAGCAGGGAGAAAUCAAGCACGUUUACCGUUCCUGGGUGUUUGUCUUCUCGAGAAAGCACACAGAAAAUGGUGGCAUGCUUGUGUGUAAGGCUCGGCAUCUCCUGCUAAUAGGCGCCCGCGCUGGUGCUGGUCGAGGUGACAUGCCAUCGAUGAACCGUCUAAGUAUGUCAAGUCCAAAUCCUUUCGCGUCUCCUCGUCAUAAUGGCAGUGCCACACCGGCUCACUCGAGCUCACAGAGCGUUAGCGGUUACAGUGCAGGCGGAAAAACACCGAGCCAUGUCGGCAAGUUUAUUUUAUUUUAUUUCGUUGUUUGUCCUUUCAUGUUUGUCUCGACUGGUUUCGGGGGACCAGGAAUGGGAACCGGUGCAAACAAGAUACGAAGAGAUAAUGCGAUAAUUGGAAAGAGUGUACGUAUCACACAAGGUCCUCUCAAGGGAUAUUUUGGAAUUGUCAAGGAUGCUACUGAACAGACAGUCCGAGUUGAACUACAUACGCAGUGCAAGACAAUUUCCGUGGAUAGGUCACGAAUUGCUUGCGUAGGUGACGGAACACCCUGGAGGAUCUAUUUCGAACAUGGCGCAGUUCGCGAAGACUCCAUUCCCAGGCGACGAUGGCCGCAAUGGACGGCA